CAGUGUGUCACAGGUAUUCAGUCUGUAACAGACGACACCAUGUUGGUCAUACUGAGUGUUCUGCUGGGUGUUGUGUGUGGACAGUAUGUUCCUCAUCCUCAGUUUCACAGAUAUCAGGAGGGAUUCAGACUCACGUUGGAAGAUGUGCCUGGCAUGAAGACUGUAUUGUUUCGUUAUGACGUAAACAGACACACAGGAAACGUGACGUCACAAUCAAACUACGCACAGAAAGUGGAUGGUAAAUGGCAUUAUGUAAACGAAGACAUCCGUGUCACAGACAGCCAUGAGAUCCGGUACUCGGUGAAAACAAACAUUGAUGGUCAAAUGUACGAGAGUCCCGUUUUCACGUGGAAAGCUGUUGAAGGUCCCGUGUUGCCAGGACGUCGUCUUCGUGGUGCGGUGAUUUUCCGCGAUGACUUCUCAGGAUCUCACUUGGACAAGAACGCCUGGACUUACGUCAAUUCUAUGUUUGGUCAAUAUCAUGAAGAGUUUCAGAUCUACACUCAUGAGGAAGCCAAUACGUUUGUGAGACACGGACAUCUUUAUAUUAAACCUACCCUGACUGCCGACUUUUCACUAUUCAGUGAGCACUUUCUACAUACGGGUACUAUUGACGUCAAAGCAAUCUGGGGCUCCUGCAUGUAUCCUCUCAACACCGGCCGUGGCUGUGUUAGAUCGGGAAAAGACGGCCUCUUACCGCCCGUCAUGUCCGGCAUGCUAUAUUCAAAGGCGACCAUGAAGUAUGGCAGCAUGGAGAUUCGCGCCAAAAUGCCGAGAGGCGAUUGGCUAUGGCCAGCUAUCUGGUUGAUGCCAAAACAUAAUCAUUAUGGCGGCUGGCCUCGUUCUGGCGAAAUCGACCUGGUUGAAGCGAGAGGUAACAUUGUGGCAAAACCCUACAACGGUCAAAACGAAGGCGUCAACAUGGUGACGUGUUCCCUCCACUGGGGAUCUACAACCGGCAAUACAAACCUUCGCACGUCGUCCAGCAGGAGAUCGUUGCAUGGUGGUCAUGAUUUCGCUUCUGGCUUCCACAUAUAUAGAAUAGACUGGACCCCAGACCAUAUUACAACAUACCUGGACGGACACCAGAUGUUGCGCGUCACCGUACCCAGCGGUGGAUUCUGGGAAAAGAGUCAUUUUAGCGGGAACAACUUAUGGAGUGCUGGUGACAAAAUGGCGCCCUUUGACCAACCGUUUUACCUGAUUCUGAACGUGGCUGUGGGAGGGACGACUGGGUAUUUCCCUGACAGCUUCCAGUAUAACACGAAGAAACCCUGGCAGAACCACGACAGUCACGGCGUCGACGACUUCUGGGCUCGCCGUCACGACUGGCUGCCCACGUGGCGCGGCGAUGAUGUCGCUAUGCAGAUAGACUAUGUGGAGAUGAGACAUCUCUGAUUUAGAGAAGACAUCUCUGAUUUAGAGAGAAGACAUCUUUGGUUUAGAGAGAAGACAUCUUUGAUUUAGAAAGAAAAAGUCGUCGUUAGAAGAUAAAAUAGCUGAUUUCUUAAAUUGCAUCAUCUGAAAAUAAAUACUUGAUUGUCA